CUUUGGCUGCGAUGUACAUGCAAAGAAAUUAAGACAUGCAUGUAUCUGUGAACAUCCAUUUAUAGUUAUUUUUUCUUGUGCAAUUUUUAAAUAUUUACUACAUGAAGUUGCAUUUACGAUUCUCCCUCCAGAUAAUCCAAGGGGGACAACUCUAAAGCUCCUCAAGCCCCGACAGAUGCCGUUUCUUGUGUCAAAUGUAUCAAAUUUGUAAAUAUUUAGCUCUUAUCAUUGAUGUACAGUCUCUAACACGGAGACGUGAAGGACAAGAUGGCCAACAAGAACAAAGAGGAGAAGUUUUCCAAUCACCCAUGUCACAGACUCAGUGUGCCGGCAGCAAAACGCUUCUGGUGCCGUCAUUGCUUCGAGAUGUUUGACGACGCCAUUUCAAGAUGGAGGCAUAGCAAAUCCUGUAAGAACACCAGCCUCAGCAACAUGACCAGACGUCGAGAACAGGAGGCGUCGGCGCUGGAGGCGUACUGUGAGUCCACCACUGGGAAGAAGAUGGACAGUGACGGCAGAAACGUUGUCUUGCCGAACCUCAACCCCAAGACCACCAACAAGGCGUAUGCAGGACCCAAGGAGAACAGUUGGGUCGAUCUUAGCUGCUUCAUAUGCAAGAAGCAGUUCACCACCAUGGAGAAAAUGAAGGAUCAUGUUCGAGUCCCAUGUAACAAAGUUAUUCCAGUCACCAGCGAUGAUGUGUUCCCCUUUGCUACACGUUCCACACCGAAACCAUCCACCCCAGAUCCUGAUAUUAUCUUCCACGGAAACAACAGUCGACAAGGAGCAGCACCAGCGGAAACAGUGUAUGAGUUGGAAGACGAUUCUUCCGUAGCCAAUAAAAGGACGCCAUCACCCCUUGACCCAUCCAACCUUUCCAGUGAGACCAUGGCAGCAGUUGAAGCACUCAACAUGAUGGCCCGAUCAGACAAAGUCAAUCUUACUCAGUUCCUCAAUCAGUUGUCUGAGGGAGGGUUUGUCAUAGAGCAGGCAGCAGGGACGUCAUCCAGCAGCGACUCGCAGGACCGCGAGAUCGUCUUUACCGUCCAGGGUGACGUAGGCGAGGGGAACCUCCUGCAGCAGGGAGGAGAUAUUACAGUAGAAGUAGCAGAGGAUCUGAUACGGAUGGCACAGCGGGUGAGGGUAGAGGCAGUGGAGAGAGUUGUCGAGGAACAGGUUCAGGAGGAAGUGGUCCAGGAAGACCUGGUUCAGCAGACCGAGGUUCAGUACAUUCAGGAUCACACUCAGUACAUCCAGGAACAGGCCCAGUACAUAGAACAGGCUCAGUUUGUAGAACAGCAGAACCAAUAUGUCCAGGAACAAGCAGCUCCAGAACAGAUGCAGUUCGUUCAGGAGGAGCCUCAGUUUGUUCAGGAACAACCUCAGUACACCCCAGAGGCAGCAGAAGGUCUUCAAGAGUCGACCUAUACUAUUGUCAAUAUGGAGACCGGGAAGCAAUGCAGUGAGGCAGAGCAAGUGAUAGUCAGUGAGGCCCAGCUUUCUAACGUCAAGAUAGAGACCUUGACGUCCGACAGCGCUCAAAUUCUGGUGGUGCCAGUAGACCAAACUGUUGUCACAAAACAGGAAAGUAAUAGCAAUGCAAGCAUUCCUGGUAGUAAGAGAAAGCUAGAUGAGGACAAUUCUAUGGCUGAGGGAGAAGUGCAAGUCAAACUUGAAAAUGGGUCUCAGGUGAAAAAACUAUGCACAGAAGUAGUGACUGAGCAAAAUGUUCAGGACUGUAAUCUUAACGAAGAGGCUUUCGAAGCUAAAAAAAAACUUCGAUUUUACAGUGAAGGUUUGAUUGUGCAGGAAAAAUGCAAUAAAAAUUCUGAACCAUCAGAAAAAUGUACUUUGGAGACUGAUUUAAAACUGCCAUGCGAUAAUGUUGAAAAUUUGUCGGAAUUGCCGCAUCAAGAAACAACAGAAGCUCCUAGUUAUUUAUCUGACACACACAUUGAUACAACUUUCUUAGAUGAAAUUGAUGGCUUUUUCAAGCCAAUGACUGAAGAUAUGAUGAAAGUUGAGGAACCUACUGUAGAUAUUAGUGCAUUAAUGACUGUUGAAAGUACGAGCCCUGAAAGUAAGAGUCCUGCUAAAACAAGCCCUGAAAAAGAAAUGACAGCCAUCAAGAAGAUACCAUGUCGAAAGAAACCACCACCAACUUCACCCAAAAAACUGAGAUCAUCAUCACGCAAGUUGGUCCUGACCCCAAAGAAACAAAGACUGGUUGAAGAAAAGGAAAAGGUUACCAAGAAAAAAAAAAUCAAUGAAAGUGACUUGAAUGUUAAAACACAGCCCCAGAAGGCCAAACCCAAACCAGUUGAGUCAUCCCCAAAGAAAGAACUUGUCCCAGCACCAGAAGAAAAACCUAAAAAAGUUCAUCCUCCAAAGCCCCUGAAGUGUCGAGCGUGUGAAAAAGUGUUUAAUUCAGUAAAGAUGCUUCAAAAGCAUAAGAGUGUUCCAUGUGUUGUGAAAAUCACUCGAAACUUGUGCCAAAAGAUUUUAAGACCAAAACGUGCCUUGCCUAGACCGCCUGAGAAGAAAGUCGUCAAGAGGAAGCCUGUGAAUAAGGACUCGAAGAAACCCAAACUUUUGCCUGUUGGUUUCCGAAUACAGGCACAGUGGAUCCCUUGUAAACGGGAUAGAAAAUCUUCAAAGGGCAGAGGAAGACCGAGGAAACAAAAUAUUCACUAUGAGAGGAAGAAACGCAUCAUCUUACCAGACAGGACAAUUGAAGUUUCAUCUUUGUGUGAAAAAGAGCAAUUUUUCUUUGAACUUGGUUUGGUAUGCUCAGAUUACAUCCUGGAAGAGUUCCGCCGACCUUUACCCCAAGUGGAGAUAACUACCUCUUUAUCCGUCAGCGUGGAGAACGAUAUUUGUGACAAGUCAUCCUUGAGUGACAUUUCACCCCCGCUGUUGGAGAAGAUGGAGCCUGUUGAUGUUGGAGAGCUGGAGUCGUCACAACCACCAGACUUGACCUGUGAGGAGGAUGAGGAGCUAGAGCCGCCAUUGCUGGAACCAGUGCAUCUUGAUCAGGGGGGAGAGCAGAGAGAACCCAAGGAGGAUCAGGAUCCAUGUGAUGGAUCUCCAGUUCCAGCAUCAGAAGAUUCAGCUGUCAAAUCAGGGAGACAUUUCUUAGACUCCUUCACUUCUGAUCACAGCUCUGAUGUUGACGAAGUUGCUUCUAAAAGUGUUCCUGAUCGUCAUUUCUCUGAUGUUGUUCCACCUCUCGAGGACCAAGGGAUGGUGCAGUCUUCCAAUCAGCCAGACAUGAUUCAGCAGCUCAAAUCAACAUUAAAAACAGUCUGUUCUCCCCAGAAAGUUAGAAGUGCUACAUCAAGUCCCACAUUAAAAAUGCCUGAUGUCACAUCUGAUAUGUCCCCCCAGUCAAAGAGGAACCUGUUUGAAACCUUACAAACUAUGUGUUCUAGUUCGCCAAAGAAAGACUGCACCAGUCCCUAUGCUAACUCCCCGAAGCUGAGUGUAAGUGCACUGUGUACAUCAGCCGGGGCAAGCAUGACUGUCAGCUCCUCCACCAAAUCAAGUCUCGGUUCUCUCUCACCAAAGAAAUGUCUAAGUACCAACUCUAGUCCGAAAAAGACCCCUAACAUACUUGCCAGAAAAGCGUCCUCAGAAUUAGGCGCCAAGGAGCGUGGUAGUAGUAUAUUGGACAUAGUAGCUGAGAGCAUGGGUUUGAAUGUCUCUGGUUCUAAUAGUCCAGUCAGGGAUACCCCCUCCACAUCAAUAGUGUCCCCUGGCAGAGAGAGCCCUCGGUGUAAGUCUGCCGGGCAGAGACACAUGGCUACAGAAACCUACCUCCCUGUUCAAAACUGUAAAAAGAACUUGUUUGAAAGUUGUGAAUCUCUUCUUCCAUCAAAUACCCAUGACAGGUCUAGAAGUUUGAAUAGUACCUGCAAAACGAACUUGUUGCAGCCAGAGUUGACAGGUCACAAAGACACUUCACAAGUAGGUAAAAGCAAAACCUUGGAUCAAAUCCUGCCUACUGUGUCUCUUACACCAUCAAAAUCUGGACAAAUAAUUGUGAGUCCUAUUCAGCGUGAGAGGCGCAGUGCUGUCAAGUGUUCCGCAGCCAGUGUCAAGCGCAAACUAUGCGAUGCUGCUACUCAGUGUGAAGGCAUGACAAACUCCUCCCCUGUCAAGACAAUGUUAGGUCAGCUGGAACAAAGGCUGAAGCUGCUCAAGUCGGCACUUCGGAACCAGAAUGGAGUUCAACAGGACACAGAGGACAGUCUCAAGACAGUGUUGAAAGACAAGAAGGACCUUCUUCCCCAGCUUGUGUCUGUGUUACUAAAGCAUGGCUCCAGUGACAUCGACAAGAGCCCGAUUGGACUCCCAUGCAAAGAAAAUGGUAAACAUAUGGACAACAAUCUCCCCGAUGUUGUGAAAAGUGUAACGGAAAGUCGUGACUUAGAUGUGUCUCGGGUUAGUGCAGAUUGUGGAGAUGACAGCCAAACUGGAAGCUCCUCGUGUCAUGAGAAAUCUGUUUCGAGUGUCUCAACCAGCUGCAACACAGACAAGCAGGAAUUAGAUGUUGAUCAAAAGAAAAACUCAUCUGAAGAAGCAUCUACAGACUCUAGUAAAGUGACUGUUCAAUAUAUCAAUCAACUCGAGCCUAGCAUGGCCAAUGGGGUAACCUACCUGUUGAUUCAACAAGAAGGCAUGGAAGACUACCUGAAAACUUGUUUAAGUAGUGACCUUGACCUAGAGUCAGGGGAGACAAUCCAUGCGGUGAGUGUUGAGGAGGAGGAAGUGCUUACGGACUCUUUAUCAAACAGUCUCUUUGGCAACAGCAGUGUCUCACGGACAGUGGAUCAUGAAGUGUUUGUAAACUCCUCCGGGUUUUAGCAGCAGUAAUACAUGACAUGUAAUUAACUGCCAACUUUUCACACCAUAGCUGACACAAGGAAUUCAUUUUGAAACAAAAGAUUUUUUCAGUUAGGAUUUAAUGUUUUUUAAUUAUAAAUGUUAGCUCUAAGCUAAAUGGAAUGAAUUAUUGUCUGAUAUACCUGAAAUUAUUAACACACAACGUAAACAUGUUAAAACAGAUGUCUGAAAAUAAUUUAUUCCAAUUGAAAGUAGUAAUGGGGAAAGUAUUUAAUAAGUGUUUUUGAUAUUAGGAAAAGUUUGUGGUUAAAAUCCGUCAAGAGGUUAAAGCACACACUUAAUCAGUUAAUGAUUAUUAUCAUUUAGCAGUAAAAAACAAAAUUGUUAAAUUAUCCAUAAAACAAUAAAUCUGGCAUGGAGUCUAAUUUUGAAUUUUUCUUAUACAUUUGUUUAGCUUUCAGACUAUAUAUAGACAUUACUUGUGUAGGGAUGGCUGCAGUGUGUGUUAUGUAAUUCCACUGUAUUCCGAGUGUCAGUUAUAGGGGACUUGUGUAUAGCAGGUAGUGUGCUCUGUGUGACUGCUUCAUGUCAGCUCUAUUGUGACUGUACAAGUAUGACCAGGCAGAAGGGAAGUGACAAGUGAAAGUGUGUCAAGGAUGUGUCAGUUAUAGAUUCAUCAGAUCUCCAUGUCCACAUUGUUACUAGCAUCCUAGUUGACUUAAGGAUGUCAUCUUGUUUUCUUUGUUCUACAAAUUUAUUUCCAAUUUAGUAUUUAAUGGAAAUAAUACUUAAAUUUACAUUGUGUGGGCUGUAUUAACAGCAUUAGAAACUAACAGUUUUGAUCCAUGAGUCCUUAUAAUGAUAACAUAUAGCAAAACCCUCAAAAGGGCAAAUUUCUACUAGUCCUUAUGAUACCUUAACUAUUGGGCAGUUUGGCAAGGAAAAUAGGACCAGUGCCAAUUUCUAAGGCUGAUUUAAAAACAUGUCUUAUUUAGCAUCUAAACGUAAGAAUUAAUCUUUGAUAGGCAUUUUUGAAGUUUGAAAAAUAUUAAAACAUGCAACUAUAUCUGGAUAACAACUUCUUUAUUGUUUGUGACGUUUCAGAGCCUGUUCUUGAGCUUCCAUCAGUAAUUUCACCUGAUGAAGGCCAAGAUGUGGCCCUGAAACGUUACAAACAAAGAAGUAGUUAUCCUUAAAAAGCUUCAUGUCUUCAUUCAUAAUAAAAUAUAGACCUAUUCCCCCAGUUUGGUGUAUAGUACAAAACAAAACGUGUAGACAAGAAAUGGACCAAACAUCCUUUGCCUGUGCUUGAUAGCAAUCACUUACAUCUGUGUCUAACACAUGAUCAAGUAUUAAUAUUGUCUCUUCCAUCAGCAUGAUGUCUGUUUUUCGAUCAGUAUUCAGUAUUUUCACCCUGGUAAAGUAUUUGUGUAUUUUCGGUAGAGGUUUUGCAGGUAUCAGUUUCUAUGUCCUAGAUGGUCCAUUGUGUUGUUUUAAGCCAGAUUUAAAUGACAUGAUGCUAAAAAUAGCCAUCCAAUCAAAUUACACGAAAGACACUCAGCUGGGUUAGUGAUAAAAGAGAAGAUGGUGAUGUCAAUUAUGAAAUGAAUCUUUGGUGGUGAAUGUGUCCAUCAUAAUAGAAUGGCAGUGUAAUACACUGGAUCAUCGAGGGUGGUCCAGGGUAUUUAUCAUAAUGGAAUGGGGGGGCACGG